CAAUUCUCAAACGUAAAUGAUAAAAUUAUGGAAACAGAUGUUGUUAAUACUGAAACUAAUAUUGAAUCUGUAGGCACACUUAUGGAGGCUGAAGGAGAAAAUAAACAAGUGGAACAGGAAACAGUGUCAAAUAUGGGCAGCUCACAAGAUCAAGACGACACAAGCAUUGGUGGAAUAGCAGACUCAGAGGGUGGACCUGACUAUGAUGCUGAACUUAGCAUUGAGAUCAGUGAUGUAAGAACUGUAAACUUUGAUGAGGAAGUGGAUUUAGAUUCAAGUGAUCCUCUGGCAAUAAUUGAUCUCGAAAACACCGAGGGCCUGUCCAAAGGUGACAGCACCAAGGAAGGUUUCACCAGCCCUAUGACAGGAUCACAGGCUUCACCACGGAAUGGUGGCAAUAUGGGAGAUUGUGAAGGGCAAGUCAGCCCUCUUGGCUCCAUGGUAGGAGACACAUCACAAUCUAUUCCAGACGAAGAGCAAUCUUUAACACAAAGUGGUGGCAAUAUGAAAGGUCAUCAAGCCCAUCCUGAUGGCUCCAGUUCAAUAGUGAAUGGUAGUGAAACAGCCAAGAAUUCAGAAAAGAGAUGUGAAGAGAGGCCCAACUUGAAUGAAUGUUCUGAGGGGGAAUUAGCAGUUUCCAAGAACCAGAAUGACGAUAGCGCCAGGAUUGAAACCCAGACCUCAGAGGGUGACAUCCUGCAUGAUCUGUACCAACAAACCUCCUCUCUACAUGACCCUGAACUAAACACUCUGAAGACAUCUGAUACUGUGGGAGAAUCAGAUAAGGAGUUGUCACCACCAACAACAACUCAAGCAAGUACUCUCCUUUCCAGCAUAGCUGAUACAGUGCAGAAGAUAAAAUCUGAGCCACAGGACCAGGGUUAUGAAGAUGCUUUGACGUCUGCUCAAGUAGUCAAGGUAGGCAACUGUGCUAAGAAACAGGAUAUGACUGAGCGGUUCCGACUGCCAGCGAGUCUUUGUAGGACAGAAGCAAGUAAUGUAUCGCAUACCAUCACAACAACGUCAGCAUCCCUGAUCACCACUCUGCCAUCUCCAAGAGUGCUGCCAUAUAUGGCCAUGAAGACCACUGUUCCUCCUACUCUUCCAAGUCAUGUGAUUGGCCCCACGUCAGUUGCACCUGUGUCACGGGCCAUAACUACAGCUGCUGUAGGGAAGGAAGGGAUUCAGACCAAAACUGUAGCGUUACUAGUUCCUCUGAGAACACAAGGGAAUGAUCAGGGUCCCAUGUUUGUUUCACUUCCCUCUGUCACAAGCAAAGAUGCCAGUUGCACAACUGCGCAAUCAGAGAUGGCAACAUGUGUGAAAGUAAGUGUUGCAUCCCUGGAGCCUCUGGCAUCAGCCAAACGUCAUGUAUCUAACAGUGUGCAAGAUGAUGGAAGUUUUGAAAAGCUUGUGUAUGAUAAAUGCAUGCAGCAUGAACUGAAGUCAAUUGAAUUAGGAAAAGUGUCAGAAUUUAUUCAGCGGAGAAAUACUUUAAAGUGUUAUAAGGCUUCCAAACAUCCUUCUUUCACAGACAAGAAACACCAUGCUUGCCCUGAGUGUGGAGACAGCUACGUACUGAAGAACAGUCUCAACCAUCACAUGACGCGAUGCAGCAUUGUAAUCAAGUACCACUGUGACAAAUGCAAAGGAGAUUUUCAGUUUACCAACAAAUGUCAGCUCUUGACUCACAUGAGACUGCAUGUUGACGCAUCCAGUACAUGUAAGGUUCCCCCGCCGCUGAAAAUAAACUCUGACAACUUAUCUAUUGUCACCCCUUCUGAAAAAGAUCUUCAGAAGGCAACUGAAAAGUUUAAUGUUCCGCCAAAGGACCCUGACAAAGUUAUGGUCCGCUGUUUGGAAUGCAGACAGGUUUUUGCAAAUGAAAAAAUCCUCAAGGUCCAUUUUGGUGCCAAUGAAUUAGUUUGCUCGUUUGCAUUCCAGUGUCCUGUUUGUUCUAAAGUCCUGCCAAGACAGUGUGCCUUGAAUGCCCACAUGAAGAUCCAUUCACGCAUGUCAGAAUAUGUUUGUCCAGAAUGUGGCAAGCCUUUUACAAACAAGAAUGUGUCAUUUGUGAGACAUCUCAAUGAUGAAUGCUACCACCAAAACAGAAUCUUCCUACUUCAGUGCCCAGUGUGCAACAUCCAACUGGAAAGUCACCCCAAGAUGAAAGAACACUGUAUGAAGGAGCAUGUAAAGACAAUUAUCAAGUGCACGUUUUGCAAAGAAGAGUUCAAAACAUGGGUACUGUUAAAGUCUCAUAUUCAGAAUACUCAUGGCUUUGAGCCUUAUCCGCAGGAAUUCACCGGUAGUAGGAUAUGUGGACUGUGCAGGAUCUUGCUCACUUCAACUUGUCUGUUAGAGAGGCACAUGGAUCAUCAUAUGCAGGAACUGAAGAAGAAUGCAAAGUUUGGUUAUCAGUGCAGUGACUGUUCACCUAAGAAGCCUGUUUUUACUACAAAGCAGCUGCUAAUUCAACACAUGCAAGCAGUUCACAGCAAACUGCAGACAGUGUCCUGCAACUGCUGUGAUCUGAUGUUCAACUGUGUCUUUGCACUGGAGAAACACCGGCAGAAGCUACACCCUGUACAGCCACAUUCAGUGGGUCAGUAUGAAAACACCAAGGUCACCUACCAGUGUGGAAAAUGUAAAGUGACAAAUUCAUCAGCAGCUGCUCUAAAGAAACAUGACUGCAAACCACCCAUACCCACGGUUCCCAUCACGGUAGCAAUGUGUGCUAGAUGCAAGUCUAUAAUGGCAAGUGAUUACUCCAAACAUAAGUGCCCACUGGCUGUGAAGAGUCCAGACAAAGCUCAAGAAUCAUCAUUGUUAAAGGGUCCAACCAAACCUUUCCCAGUACAGCUGAUAACAAUAUCAAAACAGUCCCUCAUGCCACUGUCAGGGAACACAAUUCGCUUAAAGAAAAUUAAAGAGUUCAGCUGCAAGCACUGCAAAAAGUGUUUAGAUUCUGCAGGAGAUCUGGCAGUUCAUUUGCAGAGCUGUGAAAGUAAUCUGUAUGUGAAGAGAACAUCCAAGACAACUCUGAAAAGUAAAAGUACUCCUCUCAGUAGCUCCCAGUAUGUGUUUUCUUGCAACUUGUGUCGUGUCAGGUUUGCUUCAAGGGACAGGCUGUUAAUCCACAUCCAGGAUCACAGUCACAAAGGUGAUAAGAUAUGUACAAUCUGCAAUGUUAUGGCCUUCAAAACAGGAACUCAACUGGAAGAUCAUAUUCCAUUAUGUAAGGGUCCUGAUCUUGUAGCUGAUCCAGACACCAAGGUUCAGUGCAGAGUAUGUUCCCAAUACAUACAGAGGGUGUACUUGAAGACUCACAUCCUCACGCACAUAAGCAAGGGAAAAAUGAUGUGUCGCCAUUGUCAGAGGAUGGAAUUUCAAAAUCGAGAAGAGUUCAAAUCUCAUGAAUAUGCAUGUGGGUUUUCCGACUACCCCUUAGAGCACAAUUACUGCUACGUCUGUGCCAGGACAUUUGACUUUAUUGAGCAGCUUGUUUGCCACCUGCAGCAGCAUGUGAAGGAAGGAACACUUGUGUGCUGCAAGUGUCAGAAGUCCGAGUUUACCACGAAGGAAGAGCUUAAGGCUCACCACGAGACAUGUGGACAAGACUACAUGAACAUACUACCCGGUGAGAUGUGCAGCCUUUGCCGAUGUUCUCUGCAUUAUCGACCAACAAGCGAUUUGCACCGCCACAUAACGCAGCAUGUUACAAAAGGAGCUCUAAUUUGCUGCCGAUGUCAGAAGAUGGGAUGGGACAGCUUUGGUGAAGUGAAAUCACAUCAAAUAGGCUGUGGAAUGUUCACAGAGAAUUCUGGCCUGACCCGGAAGGACCAGGACAGGAAGUGUGUGUGCACCAUCUGCAACCGGGACUGCAGUGACAUGAAUGCUCUGAUUGUUCAUCUGAAAAGACAUGUAGCUAAUGGACAGCUUAUUUGUACAAAAUGUCAGAAGAGGGGCUGGAAGAAUGCAUCAACAUUGAUGAACCAUGAGAUAACGUGUGGCGUCACUCUUUCUAAGCCAGUCAAAGCUAGUUAUAAGACAAUGGAUCAUGUGUGCGAACACUGUGGCAAAAUGUUCCGCAAGUUUCACCUCCUGCAAGAACAUGUAAAGAAGGAACAUGUCAGUUUCCCGUGUCAUCUCUGUGGUGUGGCGUACGACACCAAGUCAGCCCUGGUGAGCCAUGUUAGUGUGGUCCAUGAUGGUAAACGGUCUCUUUUUUCUUGUAGUAUAUGUAAACAGAAAAAAAUUGAAAAGAGUUUUGCUAGUCAGCAAGGUUUAGAGAAACACAUGAGGAAAAUGCACAGACAUCAUCGCCGUCGCUCUGAUAGUUCUGACAUGAACAAUGGUGAAAGGCACACAAACUCCUCACAGUCAGAAGCUACCACACCUUCGUCUGAGCCAUCAUCCCCGCCACCUGUCAAACGACUGCGAGUGGAGGGGGACCCGCUCUACACAUGUGCCAAAUGCCCUGUCAUCAUGGAGGAUGCAGCUCACUUCGCCGAACACAUCAAGGAGCACAACUCCGACAACACCAACCAGUGUCCUGACUGUGGCCUCUGUUUCACCAUCCUGGCCACUCUCAAGAAGCAUUUGUUCCUUGUCCACAAGAUCCGGGACUCAAACAAGUACUUGCAGGACAGGGGCAUGAAGACUGAAGAGGAGGAAAUAAUUUCUGACUCAGAGGAACUGUCUCCACCACCAGUAAAGAAAACGAAAUGGUUGAAUGAUUCUGUGGUGAUGAGGAAGUCUGCCAAUCCACUUGAAUGCACUGUUUGUUCAAGAACAUUUGAUACUGACAGGCAGUUGAAGACACACAUGAGAAUACAUGGCAUGGCAUUCCUUUGUUCCAACAAGAGAGCUGGUUCUGUCAAGUCUAGUCCAAGUGAAGAUGCGUUGCCCAGUGUGGAUGUAUCACCAACAAAGUCGUCAGGUAGUUCAUGUUCUGACGCAAAGAUUUCUGAAAGUGCUGGGAGCCAGGAUAUGGAGCAGGAGAGAGAGACAGGCAUACAGACGAUGGCAGCCACUCCACUGACGGAGACCACACAGCAGACGCAGAGCGCAGUCAAGGUCAAACAAGAACCUAUGGAUUACUACUGAUAGGGCAGACCAGUCCUCACCAUCAUCCGUUGGUCUGAUGGUGCUGUGCUAGAUGAUCUUCAGUUGAUGUUUUGUUAUCAUUUAACAUAUCUUUGAUUGUUGUAGAAUCUUGAUUUUAAUUGUCCCUGUGAAAUGGCGAGUGAAUCUGCUUUAUGAUCAAAUAGAAGCUGACAGCUUUCUUUCCGUCUAUAGACAGAAAAGUUCACUGAUGGGAUGUUAAAUAAUUAUGGUAAAAGAAUUUUCUUUGUUUGAUUCCCUUUCGGAUUUGGAAAAUCCAUGCCCCCAUUGUUAUGAAGCCUUAUCACUCACCAAGCAUGAGCAGGUUAUUCUCUAUUUCUUGAGACAGAACUGAUACCAACAUGUUAAUCAAGCAUAUUCAGGGGUGGAAAUAACUUUAAAAUUGCUAUUGUACUCCGGUAGAGUGGCACAUGUAAAAUCACUUGCCCUGAUAAUUUUUCCGCUAUA